AUGCCGUGCUCGCCGCGGGUCUCACCACUUUCAGGGCUUUCGCUCCACCUGCAAAAAGAGGGUGUUAUGCAGAACGUCGAUCGGAUUUACCAUGGGGGUGGGAAGGUUGGUUACCUGCUCUACAUGGAUGGGAGAAGGUUUCAGUUAGAUAUGGAGAGGGAUGAGUCCAUUUUGUCACAUCACUUCAGUCCGAAAUAUGUGAUGAACCUGAUGGGGGCGGGAGAAGGCGCCGCGCCUUUGAACCGGGAGUGUGUUUACCGGGGAACCGUGGACUCCAACCCCGAGUCCCUGGCGGUUUUCAGCCUCUGUGGUGGGGGUCUAGAGGGCUUUUUCGCGUUGAAACACGCGCGCUACACAAUCACACCCCUCAUCCGAACCAAGGGACACGAUAACGACGAGCGUUCGCUGCAGGACAAGGCUGCGGAGAGCGCCCUCCACUACUUCACGCGGGAGAGCUUCAGCUUCGAAGCCAUGCCUGUGAGCGAGAGCUGUGGGACCAAGGGAGGGCGCGGGCGCAUGGAUGCAUCGAGGAAACACCAUCGUAAGGGCCGAGGGAAAGGGAAACGCGACCGGCACGAUGUCACCCUGGACGGGGGCAAGGAGCGCAGAAGAUGGUGGACACAGUUCUCCAAACGUGCCUCUCCACCCUCACUGGGAAGUCGGCGCAAGAGGUCGGUUUCGCGCGCCAGGCACGUGGAGCUCCUGCUGGUUGCAGACGAGUCCAUGUCCAAGAAGUAUGGCAAGGACCUGCACCACUACCUGCUCACGCUGGCCUCCAUCGCUUCCAAGUUGUACAGCCAUGCCAGCAUCGAGAACCCCAUCCGUCUGUCCGUUGUGAAGGUGGCCAUCGUCACGGAGAAGGAGAAGGGGCUGGAGGUGUCCAAGAACGCAGCCGCCACACUCAAGAGCUUCUGCAAGUGGCAGAACCAGCAGAACCCACUGGACGACGACAACCAGCACCACCACGACGCCGCCAUCCUCUUCACCAGGCAG